GUGGUCAUUAGAGACAUAAGUGUUUGUCGGUUCUCUCAAAAGUCCAGUUUUCUCCCAGCUCUGCAAAAUGAAGGUUCUCGUGUGCCUGACUGUCUCUCUUUUCUUCUUGGGCGUUUCUCAAGCCCUGGAUUGUCACACUUGCGAUUCGGAAAGGCCUAAUGAGGAAUACUGCAAAGAUCCGUUCAAAAAACCAGCCAAAGCUGUUGCCAUGAGCUGCACGGCCUCCUUCCAAGACGUAUUCAACACUUUCAGGAGCGCAUUUACCGAAAAUCAGGACAAUGCAAAACUGGAGUCGUGUGUCAAGCACACCUAUCUUGAUGAACACGGUCACAUUAAAAGGGUGGUGCGUGGCUGCGCUACUGGUUACGACGACGUCUGCAAAACUUUCCAGCAAGUCCAAGGAAACUACCAGUGCGGGUUCUGCAAGACAUCCUACUGCAACGGAGCAACUUCCGUUUCAGGCGUUUCUGCUGUGGUCAUCGCACUUGUCUCUUUUUUGAUGUCGUUCAAGAUGUGAAAAGCCAUUUUUAAUGAGAGAUAAUAAAAGAUAAUUCUUCAU